GGAGGUGGCGCGGCGGGCCGCGUGGCGCUCGGCCGACCGCGUGGGCGGCUACGCGGCCGCGGCGGCGCGCAGGGCGGGCCAGUCCGCCGCCAGGAUGGCGUCGGCGGCCGGCGAGUCGCUGCGCACGGCGGCCGCGUCCAAGGCGGAGGAGGCCAAGCUCGCGGCCCUGCGCGGCGCGCGCCACACUGGGGCGGCCGUCGGGCUGGCUGUGAGGCGUGCCGUCGGACUGGCGGCCGCACAGGUACAGCGCAUCAUCAACGACAGCUCCCUGAGGCUGAUGCAGACCGUCGCCGACCUGGCUACUCGCACCGUCUCUAGGCAGGUCAAAGCAGAUGUAGAGACCAAGACGAGUGAUACAGAGAGAAGAGAGUUGAAGAAACUGAGUGGUAAAGGAACUGACAGUAUACUAAAGAAACAUUGUGAACGUCAAGAUAUGAAAUAA